AUGUGGUCACCGCACGUAAAUGUGUCAUCGCCGAGCUCACCAACGGGUGAAUCGGCGAGGGACAGUGGCGCAUCGCCAUCUCCACCCGCCGACGACGGACCCGGAGCAGUGGGUGAAGGCGUUCCUCACUCACACCACGAGAGCAGCGUGUUCCUACCAGACCGUAGUAUCACCAACUUGUCCGCACUCGAAGCAGCCGAGCGCGAGAUUGAAUCUUUCAAACGCUUCGACUUCUACUUCGAACCGCCGAGGCACAAGCCUCGCGUGCAACUCGACGUUAACGCGUUACGGCCAGCGAACAAGUAG